CCCGGGGGGACAUCACGCGUGGGGAGGGACCUCGGACGGACUGCCACCCCGGGGGGACGUCACGCGUGGGCACCGGGGACGGUACCUCGCAGUGCCCGCACGCCUGGACUUCAUUCCCGCUGCCUUCUGUCCCCUCGGCCCGAGGACCCGGUUGCCAUGGUGAAGGAGAAAGUGGCGCACCCCCAGGACCCUCACCAUCCUCCUGAGAAGCCUGUCAUUCACUGCCAUAAAUGUGGGGAGCUAUGCAAGGGCGAAGUGCUGCGGGUCCAGACCAAACAUUUCCACAUCAAAUGUUUCACCUGCAAAGUGUGCGGCUGUGACCUGGCCCAAGGUGGCUUCUUCAUAAAGAACGGAGAGUACCUCUGUACCCUGGACUACCAGAGGAUGUACGGGACACGCUGCCAUGGCUGCGGGGAAUUUGUGGAGGGUGAGGUGGUAACUGCCCUGGGCAAGACCUACCACCCCAACUGCUUUGCUUGUACCAUCUGCAAGCGCCCGUUCCCACCAGGAGACCGAGUCACGUUCAAUGGGAGAGACUGUCUUUGUCAACUCUGUGCUCAGCCGAUGUCUUCCAGUCCCAAAGAAGCCACCUGCUCCAGCAACUGCGCUGGCUGCGGAAGGGACAUCAAGAACGGGCAGGCGCUGCUGGCUCUGGACAAGCAGUGGCACCUGGGCUGCUUCAAGUGCAAGUCCUGCGGGAAGGUCCUCACGGGCGAGUACAUCAGCAAGGACGGUGCCCCGUACUGUGAGAAGGACUACCAGGGGCUGUUCGGGGUGAAAUGUGAAGCAUGUUACCAGUUUAUCACAGGGAAAGUUCUGGAGGCAGGUGACAAACAUUAUCACCCCAGCUGUGCACGAUGCAGCAGAUGCAACCAGAUGUUCACAGAAGGAGAGGAAAUGUAUCUUCAAGGUUCCACCGUGUGGCAUCCCGACUGUAAGCAGUCCACCAAGACGGAGGAAAAGCUGCGGCCCACCAGGACCUCUUCGGAAAGUAUUUAUUCUAGACCAGGCGCCAGCAUUCCUGGCUCACCAGGUCACACCAUCUAUGCAAAAGUAGACAAUGAAAUCUUGGAUUACAAGGACUUAGCGGCCAUCCCCAAGGUCAAGGCGAUUUACGACAUCGAACGUCCAGAUCUUAUCACCUAUGAGCCCUUCUACACUUCCGGCUACGAUGACAAGCAGGAGAGACAGAGCCUUGGAGAGUCUCCAAGGACUUUAUCUCCAACUCCAUCAGCAGAAGGUUACCAGGACGUUCGGGAUCGGGUGAUGCACCGGUCCACCAGCCAGGGCUCCAUCAACUCCCCGGUGUACAGCCGCCACAGUUACACUCCAACCACGUCACGCUCACCCCAACAUUUUCAUAGACCUGGCAAUGAGCCAUCCAGCGGCCGGAACUCCCCUCUCCCCUACCGGCCCGACAGCCGCCCUCUAACUCCAACUUACGCUCAGGCCCCUAAACAUUUCCAUGUUCCAGAUCAAGGGAUCAACAUUUACCGAAAACCACCCAUCUACAAACAGCAUGCUGUCUUGGCAGCCCAGAGCAAGUCUUCAGAAGACAUCAUCAAGUUUUCCAAGUUCCCAGCAGCGCAGGCGCCAGACGCCAGCGAGAUACCAAAGAUUGAGACGGACCACUGGCCUGGUCCCCCCUCACUGGCCGCCGUAGGAACUGACAUGAGACGCAGAUCUAGUGGCAGAGAGGAAGACGAGGAGGAAAUGCUGAGACGUCGGCAGCUUCAAGAAGAGCAGCUGAUGAAGCUUAACUCAGGCCUGGGACAGCUGAUACUGAAGGAAGAGAUGGAGAAGGAAAGCCGAGAAAGAGCAGCCCUGUUGGCCAGUCGCUACGACUCUCCCAUCCACUCAGCCUCACACGCUCCGUCAUCUAAAACCUCCUCCCUCCCUGGCUAUGGAAAAAAUGGGCUUCACAGGCCCGUUUCCACGGACUUUGCUCAGUACAGCAGCUACGGGGACGUCAGUGGCGGAGUGCGAGACUACCAGACUCUUCCAGAUGGCCACAUGCCAGCCAUGAGAAUGGACCGAGGUGUGUCCAUGCCCAACAUGUUGGAACCCAAGAUCUUUCCAUAUGAAAUGCUCAUGGUGACCAACAGAGGGCGCAACAAAAUCUUAAGAGAAGUGGACAGAACCCGGCUAGAGCGUCACUUGGCCCCAGAAACGUUCCAGGAGCUCUUUGGGAUGUCCAUCCAGGAAUUUGACAAGUUACCUCUUUGGAGACGCAACGACUUGAAGAAAAAGGCCAAACUCUUCUAAGUCCCGCACGUGAGCGACAAUUAGGAAAGGGACUGGCGCUGACGGCGGAUGCCGGGAAUAUUGUACUAGGGCCCAGACUUGACUGCAGAAUCGACAAACAGCCAUCCCGUCUCUCUGCAGCAGCACCACGGGAGAGGCUGCUCACAGUACCCAUGAGUCAAACGCUGGGCCAGCCAACAGUAACACUUGCCACACAGCAGUGGGGUAGGAAUUCUUGUGUUCCCAAACUCAGCAGUAAUGUCCCCACGUGACCUUUUCACGUGACCUUGUAUCCACGCAGGAGCUUGUUUCUCCUCUUGUUUUCCUUUUCACUGUUGCCCCACCUAGUGCUGCCUGUACCGAUAAGAGCCAGCAAGUGCCCUUAGGGUGCCACAUGAGAGGCUGCCAUGCACCUUCCCAAGUAUGAGUCCAUUUGUUAUGCAGUACUGUGGCUAAGGAGUAGUGGGGGUGGGGUGCAUCCAUGUGCUGGCAGCAACUGUGCCCACACCUUUGCCGUGCCAGCCUGCUGUGACUGCCUGCAUCCGGACCGGAACGAAAUCAGUCAGGAAACCAGGCAGCUCAGACCCUGCUGCCUGAAUGACUCUUAGCAGGCUCCAUGUGCUGUCCUGUCUGCUGGAAAAGGCUUGUUAAAUUGCUAGAGUUUUGUAACGAGAAAGGAAAAAGGAAUGAAGCAUCUGACCUCCACCCCCUACCCCCCCACCCAAAUUCUUUAGAUAGCUGAGUCCUUCCCCUCACUGAGGACCGGAGCUGGCCGGGCUCCGCCUUUACAAAGAAAAGACAAAGCUUGUAUCCAGAUCGGCCUCUUUGCAUGCUGCUAGGUGAUUUUUGCCUGUGGGUUAUGUCCCUCCUAGGGAGAGAAAAAAAAAAAAGUUCCGUGUCCUGUCACCAUUGCAAGUUCAACCACUCUGCGUCCCCUGCUCUGUCUGGCAUCCAAUGGUUCGCAUCAAGCCCAUGCUGACUUUGGUUUUUAAGGUCCUGUUGGGCAUAGGCCAAGGAAAGGCAUGUUUUCCUCUUUUAAAAUCUCUUUGACUCCAGAGUGCACUGCUUCAAACAGAUUUGAUUUGGCUUGAUUUCAGCUUUCCUUCUUGCCCAGCACCACUAAUGCCACUAAUGCAUAGGUUGUGUGUGUGAGUGUGUGUGUAUGUGUGUGUGGUUUGUGUGCACUCACAACUCAGUGGGGACAGUUCUGUGAGUUCACAUAUGUCAUUUAAUUUCUGCUUGGAUGUUUGUACGGAGGCUUCUAAGGGACAUUGCACAACAGCACACAUCCCAGAGAUCAAGCGUGAGCAUCGCCUCCUUCGUGGGAGGAUGUCAGGGCUUAGCAGCUACAGAAGCCAGUGUCAUGUCAGGGUCUCACCGAAGACCCGCACAGGGGAAUCCAGGCUGGUUUGGGGCUCCGAGCAUCUCACCAAAGUCUUCAUAUUCUUCCACCCUUCAUUCAAACGGAAGCCAAGCUACUGUUAAAAGGUGUGAAGGAGACCACACCGUGAGGCCUGGUAUGAGUUGAGGGAGGAUCUCUCCAGCCCCUCAGAAAGGAGGCUGGGUCCCAUUUACUCUCCUGCUGUGGGACUCUGCCUGAGAGUUGAAGCUCUGGGUUAAAAUCAGAGGAAAAGCGUGUGCACUCCUUUGCAAAUGCCACUGAGCAUCAGAGAACAGAAAUUCCUCCUGCUGCUGCGAGGGUGGGCAUGGCUAGCUGCCCGCCUGCCAGUGGAGGGAAGGAGCAAGCGGCAGAGUGUCUGAGCCCAGGCUGCAGACCAGUGACCUGGGGCACAGCAUCAUUACUUUAUAGUGUCCUGAUGUGCUCUUGCAAAGGAAUCCGGGCUUGAGAACGCCUCUGGUAAUCCCAUGCUCCUGUAGACCUGCUCACACGCCUGGCAGAGGGCUGUCCUGGGGGCCUGAUCGGGUGAGCCUGGGUCCGCUUGGGUUCACAGGCCUACUGCAGCUGACAGGCUUCCCCUUGGGUCCGCAUUGCCUCCUCUUUCGUCCAUGGUUCACUGGUCCGUCCUACCUCGGCCUGUAGCUGUUUCAGCAGCCACAACCCUGGGCACGUGUGGCCUCAGUCUUGCUCUGCCUUGGUGGUGUGGAAGGGGUGGGGAGAAUGACACUUUCCCUACCAAGUCACAGUGACAGUGGUGGCCAAAUGGGUCCCAAAACUCAGCUGUUGAGAGAUUUUUUUUUUUCUCUUUCAUUAUGAAGAUAACAAAAGCCACUAUAUAUAAAAUCUUAAUGAGUUGCGACCCACAAACAUUCAGAUCAAAUGCCAAGGUGAGAAAAGUCAAGCAAUUCAGGAAACAUGGGCACGGUCAAGGUGAUUCUGCUGAGAGUCCGUCCUUGGUUUCCACGAAGAGCACAUGGCUGUUUUGUGGGAUAGGAAAAUUCGUCUGGCAGAACUCUUUAUCUUACAGAAAUGCAGAGUGAAAGGCCUGCCUAAAAUUGCCAUGAUCACUGAAGAACUACACCUUCCCAGUAACCCAACCCUGCUUUUCUUAUCCGUGUUUGAAUUCAGUGUCUCAUCCUAUUUGUAAAAAUGGCUUGUUUUUCUUCCUUUCAUAUCUAGCCUAGUAGUUCAUCUCAGUUACACUAUGCAGACAUGCAUUGGUAGGAAGCAUCAAUAAGUCUCCUAGCUGCUCUGGGGGAGAGGCCACCGGAAGCCAUCAUACAUAGGGACUUCCCCUUCACCAUUCCCUGCCUGCAGAAGACCCCAGCUGGGAGAAUGAUGCAGCGCAGCCUGGUUCUAACUGCCGGUUCCAAUGACCUAUCUAGGUUGUUGGAUUCAGCAUGCUUGACCUUGAAAUGUCCAGGCCACAGCAAGGAGAUCUAUGUCUUAUUCCCACCCUGUUCAACUCAGGAUGAUGCCGAUUCUCAACAGUCAAAUUAAAGCAGCUUGUUCUCUCGGGAAAGAACCGCAUACAUGGCAGGUUUGGUGCAUAUAUUAAGGGCUACCUUUUCUAGUAUUUGACUUGUGACUUGAAGCGCAUACUGAUCGCAUGGCAUAGCAGAGGCUUCUGUGACCAUAUGAGGGUCAGCGCUCCAAGCAAACCCAGCUCCGGUGUAGUCUUCCUGUGCACUUCCCUAGGCCAUAACAGAGCCUUUGGAAAUGCCUAUGGCUUACUUGCAUCUCCAUCCACGUGUGGGGUUUGUUACAAGUUUUUUUUUUUUUAAUGACUCCUUCAACAACUAAACAAACUGCCUAUAUUUCUCUGAAACCUCAAAGAGAAAAACUAAAGCUCAUGAGUAAUAAGGUGCAAAAAAAAAAAAAAAAAAGAGGAUAGUUUUCUGUCUGUCCUGUCGUCUGUUUUCCUCUAACCCUGAUUCCAUUGGCCUCAAGCUAAAUCUCGGAGGCACAGUCCCAACCCUUGUCUUCCUUACAGCCUGGUGUCAGUCACCUCAAACUUGGAGCGGUCCAGCUAGCGGUAUUUCUAAAACUGAUUUCUUCUACACUUUGAGGCAGACGUCUUUUUUUCUAAGGAGUGCUUCUCAGAUGAAUAUUAUGAAAUACAUCUGCUUUUGCAAGUUUCAAAGAAUCAGAUUAACCACUUUUGAGUCUAUAAAUAAACUAUUUCGAGCAAACUUGAGGUGGCAUUCUGGGGUGUGUCACAGGGGUAGGCAUUGGUCCAGGCUGUGGGCUCUAAGAACCCUGUUUUGUCAUGAGAUGGUGGAAAGGGACAUAAUUUUCUGUUUUCUGAAACAAGUUCAGAUUACAAAUCGCUUUGUAUUUCUAGUUGCUGUUUAAUCUGUACUUCCUGUGCCAGCCUUGAUUUUGAUUUUAACAAUUAUUUUCUUUGGACAAAUCAAGGGUUUGCAUGCCCUAAAGCUUACUCUUUAGCUCUCCCUUUUGAAGAAUUUUCCAGAAAAAGAGAUGAUCUAGGGCUUCAUAGUUGUGAUGAUACGGUGUUCCGGUGAUGAUGUGCAGAAAAGGAGCUGCCCACGUCCACUGUGAUGGGAGAAAGAGAAAGCUUUGGCAUUUAAAGAGAAAUCACUGUUUUGUUUUGUUUAUUUUCUGCCCAGGAAGCCGAGGUAGAUGAUGACAAUGUACUAUCAUGUUUUCAUUUUGGUGGGUUUAAUGUAUGACAAACAGAAAAAAAAGGGGGGGGCAAGGGGUCAAUUUAAGUUGAAGCUUCCUAAGCAGCAAAUGUAUUCACAAUAAAAAUUCAACAAAGCCAACAUUUUCUGAACCUUAGUGUGUAAUUGAGUGGCAGUUACCACCAUCAAAUAAAAUUCUUCCCUGAAUCUCUUCCAA